AUGAAGGGUUUCCGCUUAAAUAACAAGUGCUUCCGAAAGCCCCUUAGUUUGAUGGAUAUGACAUCCUCUCCCAUCCGAAUCGGCAAUUGCGAGGCGACAAUCCAAGCCCCCAACUUCUCCAAGGUCACCAUCUCAUGUAGAAAACAAGCGGAAGGUAGAUGUGAAUUACAUUACCAUGUUUUGCAUAUCCAACAUUUGUCGCUCAAAACUUACUUUGAUAUAUGUUUAGGAGGUGAUUUUUCUUUCGUGCUUGUUAAUCCUAAAGAUGCCCACAGCUCUACCAAAUCCUAUCUCCAGGAAGUACUAAACAUGUACAUUAGGGAACUUCCUACAAUGAAUUUCGCUGCAAAUACUGGAAAACAUUCAAUGUUCCUUGAAAGAUGCGUUACAAAUGGGAAAUAUUGCACUUUGCUUUUGCAAUCUCGUUCUGUGUCUCAUUCCAAAGAGGUUAUAGCUGCUAUCACCUAUCAAAUAGUUCCUGCUGAUACACAGUAUGCUGAGAUACCUAUUGCUGCUGUCAGUUCAAUGUACCAACACAAGGGAUUUGGCAGCUCCUUGUUCCUGGAAUUGAAAAAGAGACUUCAAAGUGUUGGUAUACGCACUAUAUUCUGUUGGGGAGACAAGGAGUCUGAAGCGUUUUGGCUCAAACAGGGUUUUGUAUCAAUAGCAGAGGUAGAUACUAAGGGUAGACGCUGCAGGCCACCUAUUAAAGCUGAUAUUCGUAGAGUAUUAUGCUUUCCAGGUGGUUCAACUCUCAUGAUUUUACAUCUUAAGCAGCAGGCUUCAGCAAUUACUGUAGACUCUUUGGAGUUGGGCACUUUUUUGAAGCCUCAAGGGAAGUCCUCAUCAUCUGGUGCUCUCACCAGAGAGGACUCCAACAAGUUGGUCUGUGGUGCAAAGUUAUCAAUUAUUGAAGAUGAUGGUGAUAUAAACAACUGUUCUUCCGAACAAGGUAAAGUUGCAAAGAGAAAGGUCUGGAAAUCUUCUAUAUCAUCACUGAAGUCAAAAAAAGUAAAAGGACGUCAUCAUCAGUCUGAGUCUAACUCCAUUGAUGGAAGUGAGUUUUGUUUACAAGGAUGCUCCUUUGUCUCUUCCAAAGAUAAAUCUUUACUGGCAGAUCCUCCUAGAGAUUGGGAUAGUAGUUGCAAGGAAAAGAUCGCUGAAGAAUGUGGAGCAGUUACUAUGACUCUAGAAACUUCAGUCCAGAAGGAGUUUCAGUCACAGAGAGAAUCCUUCAAAAUCAUGUUGAUGAAUAUUGCAGAUGACGCUAAGAAAGCAAAUCUUAAAAAGGUAAUUGAGGACCUUGGUGGUGCUGUUACUUGUAAUGGGAGUACUAGUACACAUGUUGUCACUGGGAAAGUGAGAACAACUCUGAAUUUCUGCACAGCUCUUUGUUCAGGAGCUUGGAUAGUUUCUCCCAGUUGGUUAAAAGAAAGCUUUCGACAAGGAAGAUAUGCCGAUGAAUUACCUUACAUAUUACAUGAUGAAGAAUAUGUUGUUAGAUAUGGAGCUGAGCUGAGCAGUGCAGUUCUCAGAGCAAGAGGAAGUCCUCAAGGCUUGCUUAAAGGCUAUAAUGUAUACAUAGCAGCUCAUGUUCAACCCCCCGCAAAGAUGUUAUCUACCAUUGUCAAGUUUUCUGGUGGAAAUAUAAUUGAUGGACUGGAGAAAGUAAAUGAAGCUUCAAAAACAAUCUUUGUGGCAUGCGACGAAGACAUGGAAGAUGUAGUGUUGGCUGUAAAGAAGGGGAAAUGCACUUUCAGCAGUGAUUGGCUUAUGCACUGUGUCAUGAGACAAAAGCUAGACCUAGAGGCCCCCCAGUUUGUAGAGUCCCUUUGA